AUGGACAGCAGCAACCUCCGCGUCUCCAUCCCUCAGUAUGAGGAAAUAGAAGAGGGCCGCGUCGCCUUCAAGGUGUCUGUACAGUACUCCAAACUCUCGUGGGAAGUAUGGCGUCGCUUCAGCGAUUUCGCAGCUCUUCACGAGCAGCUGCUUGCCAGCGAUUACGGGGCCCUGCCGCCGCUGCCCCCCAAGACUUUGCUGCCACCUGCGACUGAUCACCAUUUCUUGGAAAAGAGAAAAGACAAGCUGUUCAAUUACCUGCAG